AUGUCGGACAGCAGCCUCAAGAUGCCCCGUCCUGCUCUGCCCCAUCGUCCGACCGGCCCAUUGAAAAGCAUAGUCGAAGACCUGAAGGACAAGUCGCGCGCGGCUACCCCUGCCGUGACGCCGGGCGUCGAGUCGGCCCUCUUUGCCAACUUCUCACAAAUAUCUACCCCGACGGGCGCGAGCGCCGCAGGUCAUGAGCCGCCCGCAAAGCCAUCUCGCACGCCGAGCCCGUUCUACGCUGACCCAACCGCGUCCCCUGCGACGCGCUUCUCCCGGCGCGAGGACCUGCACACGCACGUUCCGCACCGCGUGAACCGCAAGCACUCGCGCUCCGCCGCCCGGCGCCCACACUCAGACUCGCCCCUCGGCCGCCAAUGGCACAUCGAGUCGAACCCGCACUGCAACGGCGGGCUCAACAACGCCGUGCGCAGCGUCGAGGGCAAGCUGCGGCGCAAGCUCUGGGUCGGCACGCUCGGCGCGAACACGGACUCGUUCAAGGACCCGCUCAAGCGCAGCAUUGACCGGCGCAUGCUCGAGGAGUACGAGAGCUUGCCCAUCUGGAUACCAGACGACGAGUUCUCGGCGUACUACGAUAUGUUUUGCCAUCAGGUGCUCUGGCCAUGCUUGCACUAUGUGAUUCCCGACGCGCCGAAGACGAAGUAUUUUUACGAGUCUUCGAGUUUCAAGCAGUACGUUGCGGUGAACCAACGGUUCGCCGACGCCAUCACUGCUGUCUACCAAGAAGGCGAUAUUAUAUGGGUGAACGACUACCAUCUGAUGCUCCUCCCCUCGAUGAUCCGCGCACAGCUCCCGAACGCGGUCAUCGGCUUUUUCAUGCACGUCGCGUUCCCCUCCUCGGAGAUCUUUCGCUGCCUCUCCGUGCGCGAGGCCCUCCUCCACGGCAUGCUCUCCGCGGACCUCAUCGGGUUCCAGACCGCCAACUACGCGCGCCACUUCCGACAGACGGUGUCGCGCAUCCUCGCCCUGGAGACUGUCCCCAAGGGCAUCCAGGUCGAGGACCGGUUUGUGGACGUCGCGGUGUUCCCAAUGGGCAUCGACGUCAAGUGGUUAACAGAGAAGAAGAAGGAGCCUGACGUCGCGUAUUGGGUGCAGACGCUCAAGGAACGUUACAGCGGCUUGAAGCUCGUCGUUGGCCGAGACAAGCUGGACGAGAUUCAGGGCGUGCGCCACAAGCUGCUGGCGUUCGAGGCCUUCCUGGACAAGCAUCCCGAAAUGCAACAGAAGGUGAUAUUGAUCCAGGUCGCGCUGCAAACGACAGAGGAGAACGAGCUGCACGGUGGUGUCGGGGACGUUGUCGCGCGCAUCAACUCGCGCUUCUCGACGCUCACGUACCAGCCGGUCGUGUUUUUGCACACGGAAGACCUGAGCUUCAGCCAGUAUCUCGCGCUGUUGACCAUUGCGGACGCGUUUUUAGUCACGAGUAUGCGGGAGGGGAUGGCAUUGAGGACGCAUGAGUUUGUUGAGUGUCAAGAGGAGCGGCAUAGGCCUCUUAUCCUGAGCGAGUUCACGGGAUCGUACAGCUACAGCGGCUUCCGCUCUUGCAUCGCUGUGAACCCAUGGGAUACCCGCAACACUGCCAAGGCCAUUCAUCAGGCUCUUACCAUGGACGACGAGCAGGCUAAGCUCCGCUGGGAGGACCUUCACAACCACGUUGCUACACAAACAGCGCAAGCCUUCGUGACCUCCUUUCUCACGCGCUGCCUGCGCACGAACAUCGAGCACCUCCAGGGUGACGCGGAGUCCGUCACGCAUCUAGACCUCUCGCGGGUGCUCCCGCGUUACAAACAUAGUCAUCGCCGGCUGCUGCUUAUCGACUUUGAGGGCACACUGUGGAGGCGCGAUCCCCGCGAGCGUGCGUUCAAACCCCCUGCGGAGGCAUUGGCGGUGAUGGGAAAGCUUGCGGACGACCCUAGGAACGAGGUAUGGCUCCUGAGCGGGCUACCGGUCAAGGGUGCAUUGGACGAGGUCGCGAAGACGAUUCCCAAGGUCGGCUUGGUUGCCGAGAACGGAUGCUUCAUCCGGACACAGCCUGGGAAAAGCGGAGAAUCUUCAUGGAUUAAUAUGGUUACGAACUUUAACCUGACAUGGAAGAGCGCCUGCAUUGAGAUCCUGAACUAUUUCACGGAGCGCACACCCGGCUCGUUCGUGGAGGAGCGGGAAGCGUCUGUGGUAUGGCGCUUCUGGUGCGGCGAGCCCGACAAUUGCCCAGAUCGCCAAUGGGCAAGGCGUCAAGCUGCCGAAGCGCAGAACCACAUCUUUGACAGCAUCGGCGACCGGUACGGCCUGCGCAUCAUCCCCGGCGAAAACAGCUUCCUGGUGCUGCCCAACUACAUCUCGCGCUCGACGGCGGUCGGCGCGAUCCUGCACCCGGGCGGGCCCGCGCAUUCGCCGCUCGCGGGGCGCGCGGCGUGGAUGGCGCCCGACUCGCUCGAGACGGAGAAUGUGAGCGACUCGGACUUCGUGCUCGCGAUCGGGAGCGACGAGAAGCUGCUCCGCCGGCUGAACGAGCUCGACAACGCGGAGACGUGCUCGACGGGCGCAAAGGGCACCGACGCCAAGUGGCGCCUCGAGAAGGGCGAGGUCGUCCGCGUCCUGCAGCAGUUCGCGAACGGAGCUGCGCACGCGUCUCUCGCGUCGCGAUGA